AUGCCCAAAUGCGACCUCAAGACCAGAUACAUCCCUGCAACUUUUGCCUGGACAUUGCUUUUGGGCACGACAUCUCUGUUUUUUUAUUUUCCGUGCCAGUAUUAUCUUCACAAGCACCCAUGGGUUCCUGCAUACCAAGGUGUCAUAACAUUUUUUGUUUUGGCCAAUUUUACACUGGCCACUUUCAUGGACCCGGGCGUGAUACCAAAAGCUCCACCUGACGAGGACCGCGAGGAUGACUUUCGUGCGCCUCUAUACCGCAGCGUGGAGAUCAAUGGGAUCACUGUGCGCAUGAAGUGGUGUGUCACGUGCAAGUUCUACAGGCCGCCGCGUUGCUCGCAUUGCUCCGUAUGCAACCACUGCAUAGAGACAUUUGACCACCACUGCCCGUGGGUAAACAAUUGCAUCGGAAGACGAAACUACCGCUUCUUUUUCUUCUUCCUGAUAUCACUAUCGAUACACAUGCUGAGUAUAUUUGGACUAAGCUUGUACUUCGUUAUGAAUAACAAGACGCUUACGCAGAUUGAGCCUAUAGUCUCAAUGGUAAUAAUGGGCAUAAUAGCUCUAUUAGCGAUUCCAAUCUUCGGGCUGACGGGGUUCCACAUGGUGCUGGUGUCCCGCGGGCGCACCACCAACGAGCAGGUGACAGGGAAGUUUACCGGCGGGUAUAACCCCUUCUCAAAGGGGUGCUGGAACAAUUGUUGCUAUACGCAGUUUGGGCCACAGUAUCCUAGUUUGGUCCGCCCAUCGAAGUACAUCUACAAGGGUGGCAAGAAGCGACGCGACACGGGCAUCGUUGGCCAGUCCGCGUCGGCGAUCUCCACGAUCGCGAGCGACACGCACCAGGUAAAGACGUACACGGCGGACAACGGCAGCGCGCACCGGCCCGUCGGCGCGCACGCGCACUACAACAAGCUGUCGCCUGGUCGCGACGAGCACGAGGGUGAGCUGGAGGGGCCGGGCGCGUCGCAGAGCGCGGACUGCGAGCCCACGCCGCCGCCGCUACAGCGCCGCGGCUCCGCGGCCAAUCUGUUCCCGCCGCCCGACCGCCAGCCGCGCGCGCACCACUACCCGCGCCUCAGCCCGCUACCCAGGAGCACCGGUCACGGCACGACGACUUCGGGCUAUCGGGUGGUGAUGGAGCCACUCCGCUACGAGACCGGAGCGAACGGAGCUCGGCCGUCUCCUACGAUGCAGCAACGCAUCAAAGCCUUAGGCGUACCCACGCCACUCGCUAUCAGCAGUCCUGUGCGAAGGUCCAACCCGGGCACGCCCACGCAGCCGCGCCGCCCGGACUUCGCGGCCGGCGCUCGCGGAACUUCUCCGCAGCGCCGCUUCCUGUCCGAGGGCGAGCUGCUGCGUGCCGAGCCGCCCGCGCACCGCCCCACCGCCGACGACAUCCGCGAGCUGGCGGCCUCGCCGCAGCGCGGCUACAUGUGGGCGGAGCGGCCCCCCGCGCCCGCCGUCCCGCACGCCCCCCACGCGCAGCCGUCGCCGCUGUCGCGCCGGCGCACGCCCGCGCCGCAUCCCCCACCGCACCCACCGCCGCGGCCCGCACGCCCCUUGUCCUUCGUGCGCGCGCUCGAGGUGCAAGACCAGCUUGAGCGUGCGCCUCCCGCCGACCCCCCGGAUCGCGCUUCUGUCUACGACUGCAACUACGAGAUCUCCGUCUGA